AUGGCCUACAAAUUCCUCGAUGCUACUCCCUGUCCGGUCACCUGGAGCCGGGAUGAUGGCAAAAUUCCCAUCUUCGAGGACAUACUCGACUCCUACGACGACGAUACGGCGGCUAUCGAUUUCACAAACGAGCUCGGCUCAUUAAACUCGCUCGCAAGGGAGAAACCGCGUCGAGUGAAAAGAGCUGCCACGUUUAAGAUACAUGAAGAUGCUGGGGGUCCUGGCAAUGGGCUUGCCGGACGAAAACCACUAUGCAAGGGAUCCUCGAUGUUCUCACAACCAGCACAGAGACUUCCACGGCCAGUUAGAGCGACAUUCGGAGGGAACUUAUCACCCAAAUUGCCUGAGAAGAAGCAGACAAACCAAAUUAAAGAGAAGAGGGUGCAGGCAAAGUCCGCUGAAAGGAAAUCGCCGCCUAUUGCGCAGAAACCUGCCGCAGAACAGAAGCCAGAGAAGGCAGAUUCCCUGAAAAGGGACAAACGACGGAAUACAAUAUAUAUUCCGCCAGACGAUACCACAAUGGCUACCGUUUUUAUGGGUGCAUUCAGCCCUCUAGAUACUCAAGAUUUAGCUUGUCAGGAAAUCGGGUAUAUCGAAGCGCAGAUUGCUAAGAAACGGAAACAACACAAGUCCCCGACUCCUCGACACAAGAGACAACCCUUAGAGAGCCCAAAGAGAGUUGUACAAGAGCUAUCGACCAAGCUUGACGUGAUGGGGAAGAGUACCGGAAAGGAAAACGUGCCUCCAGGCCAGCUGGUUAGAAGCAAUGCUGGUGUUAUGAAAAAGAAGGAAAGUGUCAAGAUGGAAGCUUCUCCUCAGCCCAUGAGAGCUCUAUCUGUGAAUAGCCCUCAAUCCAGAUAUCCGUCGCCAAAGCAGAAAGCAGCCUGUUCACCGAAGCCAUCAACACCGAGGCCCUCAUAUGCUAAGGGGUCUACCCUUGCAGACAAACCGAGACCUAGGCUUUCCCCUACAGCACAGCAGACCAAGUCUACUUGGUUUCAGCAAAAUGGGCCGACAAAAGAGAAAGCUAAACCGCUCUCCCCGAGGCCAAAUACAUCACCGAAGCCGGGUUUGAAGACAAAACUGCCUUCGGAAUUAAUACUUUCUCGCCUGUCAAGUGCAAAAAUAGACGAAAAGUACCCAGUCCUUACCGAGGAUAUCGCUGACCCUUCGAUGUACGAGGAGAACUGGCUUUCCCACCAGGAAGUUGUCAUUACACAGCUUGCCAACACCCUUUUUGCCGCGAUCAAUGAGCCAUCAAAUACACUGAACCAAGAUCGCCUCAACAACCAACUGCUCGAUGUAUAUCAAGACCCGUGCUUCUCGCUACUCCAUAAACGUGUGCAGGUAUCCCUUCUCCAUGGAGAAUUGCGGGUCACUAAUGAGUCUAACGGUCGGGGCAGCCGGCUGAAGACUGACGUGGGCCUACGUCGUAAGUUCAUGAAAUUCUGGAUGGAUACAUAUGAUAUCUCUGCUCUUCAGGCAGCGGCAGAGACCGUUAUCGGGAGACGGAUAGGCCCUGAUAUUCACGAAGGGGAUGGAUCGCCGGCACGAAGAUUGUCUGUUGGCUCGGCAGAAAAGGGGCGUAAGCGAGCUGUCGCGUCGUUCCUAGAGGCCAUGUUGAUUAGGAAUGAGGAUAUGGACUCAGCUGUUUCCAGUAAGGCCGGUGAAGGUAGUGCGGCGAGCAAGGGGGACUGCAGAACCGCCCUUCGGAGUAUAAUGAUGAUUGUUCUUCUGGACAAGGCAAGGAUGGCGCCCGAGACGGCACUACCGCGCCUUCUUUUCAAACCAGGUUCGGCCUACAAAUCGUCAGCAGCAGUACUGCGGGCUCUGGGGCCGCUGCUCCAUCACCCCCAGGGGGACUUUACUCGGCCCCUUACUCGUUUAGAAUGCUUCGUGGAGUAUCAGCAGCAUCCGUUGGCGGAAUAUAACUACCAGAUCGGCAACAUUGCGGUGGAUAUUAGAGACGGCAUUAUUCUCGCACGGUUGACCGAGUUGCUCCUGCUCGAGCAAUCCCCAGACAAGAAUCAAGGUAGCGGAGAAGAAACACGUCCGCUAUCACGACAGCUAAAGGUGCCAUGUAUAAGCCGGGCAACGAAGGUCCACAACGUGCAAGUCUCAUUGACUGCACUGGCGAAUGACAUUCCUAGUAUUGGUGCUAUUAUAAGUGGUAUUAAGCCCGAGGAUAUCGUGGACGGGUAUCGAGAGAAGACCAUAGCCCUGCUUUGGGCGAUUAUUGGUAAAUGGGGGUUAUCAGCUCUGGUCGACUGGGAUGAUCUCAAAAAGGAGAUUGUCCGGCUGGAGAAGCAGAUUCCUAGACUCGACAAGAGGUUGAAUGACUAUCCUACCAGCCAUGAGCAAAGGGACACGAUAGGCAUGACGGCAUACUAUUCAUCUCUACUCCACCGUUGGGCAUCAUGCCUGGCAAGAUUGAAAGGGUUGGAGGUUUCGAAUCUGACCACAAGCCUUGCCGAUGGACGGGUAUUCGCAAGCAUCAUCGACGAGUAUGAAUACUUCAUUCGCCUUGUCCGUGUCAAGGCUGAUAGGACGACAUCACCACCGUCUCCAUCAUCGAUAACGACGACAACAGCAAGUGUGACUGGCGAUAAAUCAGCCUUGAAUCAGCGUCUGCUCUCCCUCGGCUGCAGUAGUCAAUUUGUCUCCCUUCUUGCCCCGCGAUCAACAUCGCCAUCGCCAUCACCAGCACGGUCACUCACAUCGCGCGCUCAUAUUCUCCAUCAGGAGUCCAACAUCGCAGCCCUCGCGUUUCUGAGUUCCCGACUCCUCUCGGCAUCUAAAUACGGUCGGGCAGCGGUGUUGAUCCAACGCGCAUGGCGUCAUAAGCUUGCCACCAGCACCAGACCUGGCAUGACAGGAGAGUGCUAG